AUGAAAAUUGAAAGUAAACCCAUAAGAUAUGCACACGCUGAAGGGCAUACUGAUGUUUGCUACACAGAAGACGGACGGAAUAUUAUAACUUGUGGUCAUGAUGGAGAUGUCAGAAUAUGGAUGGACAUCGAAGAUGAUGACCCUAAUUCUCAUUGCGUCGGUGAAAGUGCUUUGGCAGUGUGCUACAAAGAUAAGAGACUGUAUGUAGCCACUGAUAAUCAUCUUGUACAAGCCUAUACAUUUCCUGACUUCGAUAAAGAUGGAAUCGUCACCAGAUUUACAGCAGCAGUUACUCAAAUCAAGAGUAGUUGUAAAAUUGAGGCCCUGGGAUGUUGUUCAGAAAAUAUGGAAGCAAAAAUAUGCAAUGUUGAAGGCGGUGCUCCUCUAUUUGUCAUGAGUAAUCACAAAGGCCCUGUUCUCAGUUUAGCUAUCUGUCCACACAUGAAGUAUGCAAGUACGGCCUGUGGAGAUGGUUUAAUGAGAAUAUGGGAUAUUGAUACUCAGAAGGUAGUGAAGGAAAUAAAUUGUGUUCCUAAAAUAAACACAUUUUAUGCUGCUAAAGUUUUAUGCAGAAUGGAUUUUGAGCCAUCUGAAGGAAAGUAUUUAGCAUACCCAAGUAACAGAGAAAUAAUUUUAUUGGAUUGCCAAAGUUGGGGCCAGAGAAUGUCAUUUACGCAUAAUACAAUAAAAUGUGCAAUCUCCCAAUGUCUGUUUUCACCAUGCAGUAAAUACCUAGCUGGAAAUACAGUAGCAGGUCAAAUAGCAGUUUGGGACAUUGAGUCUGGCUUUUGUAUGGGAAUUGUUGAACAUCCAACUUCCCAUAAUAUUUCUGCAAUGGCUUGGAAUCCAAAAGGUAAUGGUGUUUUAGCCUAUUGUGAUGUUGCUGGGCAAUUAGGAACACUAGUAAAUUGCUAUGGAAAGAAAAGUAGCAGCUCUGAAAAUGAAAUCGAAGACAUCGAAACAGUGGAGAGAGAUAAUGGAAAUGAUGACUUAGCAGAUGAUCUCAUACAGAAUUACGAAAGUGAUGAUGACAAUGCUAUUUCACUUGAAAAAAUAAAGAAUGAAACUCUUGGGUUAAUAAAAGACAAUGAUGACUCUAGACCUGCCUCGAGACAAACAGCCUAUGUACCUAGUACUGUACCACCACAGCCACCUUUUCAGCCUUCAUCAACACCAGCACAUCUUGAGCAUAGGUACAUGUGUUGGAAUGAAGUUGGAAUUGUAAGGUGUCACACAGUCGAGAAUGGAGAGUCAACAGUUGAUGUUGAGUUCCAUGAUACUGCAGUUCACCACGGGAUCCAUUUAAACAACUAUUUGAACCAUACAAUGGCCAGCUUAUCCUCUACUGUCUUAGCUUUGUCUUGUGAGACUCCGAGUAAAUUGGUGUGUAUUUCGCUAGUGGGCAGUAGCAAGGAGUGGAGCGUGUCGAUGCCUGAUACUGAAGAGGUGCUAUGUGUGACAGCCGCCCACGGACUAGUCGCGUGCGCCACCAAUGCGCGCCUCCUGCGUCUCUAUACACCCAUGGGCACCCAGAGACAGGUGAUAUCCUUGCCAGGUCCUGUGGUUGCUUUGGGAGGAUACAACACCACAGUACUGGCUGUGUACCACAGUACUGACCCUGGUGUUUCCGAUCAACAUCUCGCUAUGGAUAUCAUUGCUAUGAAUGGACGUCAAGUGCGAAGUAAAACUGUUCCUGUGCCUCUGACCCCAGGGUCCAAACUAACUUGGCUCGGCACCACGGAUGUCGGCUCUCCCUGUACCUACGACAGCACUGGUAUUUUAAGAAUGUACGAUGUGUCUAGCGGAGUUUGGAUGCCUAUCUGUGAUACUAACGGACACUCCAAAGGAGCUUCUGAUUCGUGGUUUAUUGUUUCUAUCAGUGAACCCACACAAAAAGUAAGAGCCAUCCUAUGUAGAGGCACCACUUUCCCGCCAACAGUGCCUAAACCUAUAAUAGCGGAGUUGCCUAUACAGAUACCAUUAUGCGAAAUAGAAUCGGAAAAGAGUCAGUACGAAGAACAGUUAGUACGUUGGGCGCAUACAACUGCCGAUGUUGACAUGAAGACUGCCAGAGAAACCGCACUGAAAUUGUUUGCUCUUGCAUGCCGAAGCGAAAUAGAGCAAAGAGCCUUAGAAUUAAUGGAACUACUGAAAGACGAUCGUCUCUUACCGCUAGCUGCCAAGUACGCAUCGCGCUUAGGCCGCAUGCACUUGGCAGAGAAAUUAACCAAUCUUGCUGAAUCAUGGGAGAAAGAAACUGAUAAACUGAAUGUAGCUCAGAACUCUCACUUCCAAGAGUUGGACACACAGGAGACUUAUGAUGUUACGAACUCAGAGCAAGAUUUGAACGCGAGCCUUAUAAUACCACAGAAAUCUAAAGAAAAAAAAAUUGAAAACGUCACACCUAUAAAGCCAGUGACAAUAAAAGCGUCACCCGGUGGCGUUCGGAAUCCAUUUAGAAAGCAACAGGAAGUGACAAAAUGUGUACAAAGUCCGUUAAGUUUAACAGAACGGACAUUGGUAGAGGUACACUCCACAGCUGAUACUGCUGAAAAUACAGACCCCUUGAAACCGUUAACUGGCGAAAAUUUUAUGGAUUGGUUCACAAGGAACAAGUCUCUGCUGGAAGAACGAAAUCCGGAGCUGACGCCCUCAGAGCUGUCCCGGCACAGCGUUAAAAUGUUCAAAAACGUACAAUCGAUCGCUCACGCUGACUCGAAUAAACGGAAACACGAAGACGCAAACGGGGACACUACAACGAGCGCCCCCAAACAAUCAAAACUCAGCGCCUUUGCGUUCCAAAAGAAAACAUAACAUUUUCAAAUCAUGUUUUAUUUUAAUUAUUGACAUGUUUAGUAAACUAUUAUAAAUUAAGCAAAAAACAAUAAAUAUUUAUGAAAAGGUUUAUUUUAUUUCGUAGUUUAAGGGUUCGCCCAUUCGGUUUCGUC